AUGGCGGACCCGAUAGCGGGUCCAUCGGAGCGACCAACAUCAAAGGGAAGCGAGUAUGGUGUCGAAUCCAGACAGACUGUAUGGGAUCGUUUCGGCUUCAGGCGAUUAGGCUUUUGGUUUGGAAAGGAAGGCCAACACGACGAUGGCGAUGGCGACGACGACCACCAUCAUCAUCAUCAUCACCGUGAUGCUCGGGAUUUCAUGUCCGACCAUGAUGCUCAAGGGAUCGAGGGCACAUCGCCACCUUCGCCUCAUGGGCGCAACCGUCGUCGAUCGCGCAAAGUGGUCCCCGGCCUGCCGCGCCCAGGAACCUUUAAGCGCCAGAAUUCGGAGCGACGUGAAAGGCUAUUGCCCGUAGAACCGCAUCUCAUCGAGCGCAGGUCUGCAUCUGCAGAUCGCCGAAGAGCAAGAAGCGCCCACCGUUCAAGCUCUGUGCCCCCCGCAGACGUUCCACCAUCAUCUCCACCUGCCGAUGAAAACGACACAACUACUGUUCCGCUGGACAAUUCAACAGCGAAUCGACCUGGGGAUGAAGUAGAGAAGUCUCCCGUCAGUGAGGUUGUUGAAGUUGAUCCAGGAUGUGAGGACCACGAGGGUUUGCAUAUUCAGCCCGAAGCAACACCCCAGGCUCAGGCUUCUCCAUCUAGUCCUAUUCUCUCAGAAACACGACUGGACCCCCACGCACCACCUAUACAGUCGGGAGUUGGCGAAUCAUCAUCACCACCGCAGCAGCAUGACGAUCGCCUCGCGGAUUCUCAAUUUGACGAGUUAAUAGCGACGGAGCUCGAAGAGAGAUGGAUUCUCAACCUCAGCAUGCAUUUUCGUGAUCGAUCCGAUCGAGAGAAAUUCUUUGUCACGUACGCCGAAACGCCAACCAAAUGGCGACGUUUGACUGUAUCAUGCGAUUACCGACAUGCGCCGGAAAAUUCACUAGAGAGCGAUCUCAAGGCACUGCGUUAUCAACGGGACAAGAGCGCGAGAAUCUACGAGUCUAUUCGAGAGUCUCUGCCAGAUAUAGAAUUCUACGAUACAGUGACGAAUUUAAAACUGCAGACAAGCGAUGAUCGUCUGCACGUACAUGUCACGGAGGACGUCAAUGAAAUUAUUCAAUUUCCGCCGCUUUCUGCUGUUGCGCAUUUAAAAUGCGAAAAGUUUCCCGAGAGUUCCAUUCGAUUUGACUCCCAUCUUUCAGGGUUCGUGUACAAGGUCGCUGUGGACGGCCGGGUGCUGAUAAAAAAGGAGCUUCCUGGACCGGACACCGUUGACGAAUUCUUGUAUGAGAUAAAUGCUUUGGAUGCACUCACGGGAUCCCAAAGCGUAAUUAAUUUUGGUGGCAUUGUCGUGGAUGACCUGCAUCAAUGUGUCAAGGGAUUGUUAAUCAGUCUUGCCGAUCAAGGCGCCCUGGUCGAUCUCAUUUACGAUCUCAAGGGACAUAUUCCGUGGCGGAGGCGCGAGAGAUGGGCCAGGCAGAUUGUCCAGGGACUCUCGGAAAUUCACGAGGGCGGGUUUGUGCAAGGGGAUUUUACAUUGUCAAAUAUUGUAAUUGAUGGAGAGGAUAAUGCCAAGAUUAUUGACAUCAAUCGAAGAGGCUGUCCGAUUGGAUGGGAGCCUCCGGAGCUGUCGGCACUAAUCAAGAGUGGACAACGGAUAUCAAUGUAUAUUGGUGUCAAAUCAGAUCUUUUCCAGCUGGGUAUGGUUCUAUGGGCGCUGGCCACCGAGGAUGAUGAGCCGGAGAGACACGCACGGCCGCUCGUAUUCGAGCAUGCCGACGAUAUUCCGUCGUAUUACCGUGAGCUGGUCUCAUUGUGUCUUAGUGACUCUCCCCGAGAUAGAGUGUCCGCUAAGGAUCUCUUGCGCAUAUUUCCUUCUUCAUCCGGCCGUGACUCAGAUCCGCCGCGGAGGAUAGUUCGACGCACCAGCUUUCCGGAGCUGCUGGACCAAAAGGAGGCGAUGUCUUUGGCGAACAAGGAAGAUCGUGAUAUUGAAAACGCUGUGAGCUUUGCGCCAACUUCUUACGGAAAUGAAGAGGGAUUUCCCAGAGCGGAAUCCUAUGAACGACAUUCGGUUGGAAACAGGUCGCCUGGCUAUUGUCACGAUGGCUAUUCGGACAGCCUGAGCUCCUGGGAUGAUGGACAUAGACGAGGCCGGUCGCCAGGUGGCAACGUUAGUCACGUUGACCAUGACAUCAACUCUACUUCCGGGUGUUCCAAAAAUGAGGCUGGCGAAGAGGCCCAAAUAAUAUCAAUUUCACCUUCAGACGAGAAGCAGUGGGAAGAGGUGGAUAUUGGAGGUCAUCCAUAUCUGAUCCGUCGAGAUACAUUCAAGGCCGCAACGACCAACCUCAACGAGCACGGAGAAGAUGGCCCCAAUCUGCCACCAGCAGAAGAUUUGGAAAAGACGGAAGUGUCUGAAGGUCUCGAGGCAGAGAAGACUAGAGAUUUGGAUAUCUCUGUGGGGCACUCUGAUAUUGAGCCGGCCGAGCCGAAUCGGAAAGGAGAUAAGUGUUUGGAAAGGAAUGAGAUAGAUUCUCAAGAAAAAGCCUCACUGGCUGAUCAUGACGGUGGCCUUGAAUGCAUGCCCGCGGAGGGUGCGCCGAAAGCGAUUUCUGCGAUGGGGGAGCAUGCUAGCGGAGUAGAGGAUGAUACAUUUUCGGCAUUACCAAAAGCUCCAGCUGAGCAAAGAAGUGAUCAUUCUGAACGAGUUGCAGAUUCUCUGACAGACGCAACGGCCGAGCCCCUGGACGUACGACAAGUUCCUCUGCCAAGCCAGACAGGGACAGAAGACGAUACCUUGGUCGCUUCUAUCGAUUUGAAUGAGAGGACGCAGGUAGGCCAAGGAGAAUAUGCUAGCCAAAGGGGUGACGACACUGUGCACAAAGUUCCGUCCAAAGAUCGUCUCCCGCAGCAGGAGACCAUUAGGUCCAGGACAGAUCAGUCAGGAAAACCAGCUCUAUCGGAUCAGCACUCAACAGCAACCGGUCUGUUAGAGACGUCUGUUGGGUCUGAGUGCACAAAGUAUAUCCCUCCGAGCGGACUAGAUUCUAAGACUGGUCCAUCCCAAACCCUCUACAGCACGUCCAACGGUCCUUUGGCUACUCCUCAUAUCGAGGACACCCCUGGAGCAUGGCCAGAAACGCCAGCUGACACAUUCGAUUCCCGCCCCCUGGCGCCACAAUCUACGCAAGAAUCAGUACCACCAUCAUCUCUUCCAGUCAAAACGCCCAUAAUACCAAAUCAGACAGAUCCCGCUUUCAACGAAGAUCCAAAAACGACAGCAGCAAAUGUCUCCAGUACAUCAGGCCCCCCGCCCAUUCCAGACUAUAAACCUGUGCCAGAGACACAAGUUGUUGAUACGACCUCAUCAUCGGCAGCAGCGGCAGCAGCAGCAGCAGCAUGUCCGUUGGCUUCGGAGAAUAGCCCCCCACCAAAACAACCCCCUGCUGAACUCUCGCAGCAAUCACAUGCUAUCAGCGCAGGUCCAUUGACGGGCGAUUUGGCUGGUAUCGGAUCACACGCGUGUCGUCUGGACGUGUGA